AUGACAGCCGAGGGCCCGCACAGUGGUUCAGUCUUUCCGGGGUUCAAUCAUCAAGUCUAGUGAGGUAGUGGAGAGCCAAGGACUGAUGAGAAGCUGGUAGUAUAUCUGUGUGCGUUUGUAUUAACAGCAGCCGCACAACCUUUUAAGAAAACGUCCAGUGCGGCACGGCACGGAGCACCGAGGAGGAUUUAAGUGUACUACUACAACGGCUAACAGCCCACAGCUAAAUAGUUAGCCACGGCCGCAGAAAGGUAUGUCUGAAGUUAGUCAUGAGGCUGAAUCGGAGAGGACCUCAACCGAGGACCCUCAGAUGGAUUGUGAGGAUUCUGACAAAGCAGAGGAGAGUUUGAGUGAGAAUGUGAAACAGGAGAGUGUAGACAACGGCAGGGGAAGAGAUUACACAGAUGAGGAGCUCUAUGACAUUGAUAUUGACAGUGAUGAAGAAAAUGCAGAAAACAGUGACAAGGAUGUUCAGGAGGAGGAUAAGGGCAAUCAGAGGGAGAGCGUGGUGAUGCGCAGGGAUGGUGACGCUGCAGACAUGUCUGGCAGUGUAGACAAAGGGGGACACGAGACAAAUCAUCAUGUUGAAACAGCUGAAACACCAGUGGAAAGUGGAGAUUCUCACACUGAAACAAAGGAAAGCACAAUGGCUGAGGAGUUUCAUAGAAGCUCAGCCGCUGAGAUUCCAGUCACCAGCAAUGGAGACCUGGAUCAGAGCCCUGAGACAGUUUUUCAGAGGGACGCUUACCCCAGUGGCCCUGGAGCCCUGAACCUCUCAGAGUCCUGUGUCACCUCCAGCAACUUUGCUUCAACAACAGAGGGCAUCAUUGAAUCAGGACCAUACAAAGGGUCAGCAAGCCUGCCCACGUCUCCCGUGGCACCUGUAGCUCCCAGCUCGGCUGUUGCUAGCCGCCUGGCGCGCUCUUCCAGCGAUAGUCAGGCUGAGAAAGGCGAAAUGAAAGCACAGCCAAACAGUGGAGCGUUGGUCCUUUCAGAUGACUUAAAGAACCCAGCCAUGGAAAAACUGGACCUCGUGAGAAAGUGGAGCAUCAACACAUAUAAAUGUACCAGGCAGAUCCUGUCAGAGAAGCUGGGUCGGGGCUCGAGGACCGUGGACCUGGAGCUGGAGGCUCAAAUUGAAGUCCUGCGUGACAACAAGAGAAAGUACCAGAAUGUGAUAAAGCUGGCUCAGACGCUGGCCAGUCAGCUGUCCCAGAUGAUGCAGACGCAGAGGCAGCUGGGCGACGCUUUCGCCGACCUCAGCCUCAAGUCGCCAGAACUCCAUGAGGAGUUUGGUUACAACGCUGACACCCAAAAGCUUUUGUCCAAAAAUGGAGAGACACUGCUGGGUGCCAUCAACUUCUUCAUCUCCAGUGUGAACACACUUGUGGACAAAACAAUCGAAGACACCAUGAUUAAUAUCAAACAGUAUGAAAUAGCCAGGGUGGAAUAUGAUGCAUACCGCACAGAUUUGGAGGAGUUGAAUCUGGGGCCACGUGACGCCACCACCAUGCCCAAGAUCGAGCUGUCCCAGCAGCAGUUCCAGAUCCACCGUGAGAAGUACGAGAGGAUGCGCAACGAUGUUUCUGUCAAGCUGAAGUUCCUGGAGGAGAACAAGGUGAAGGUAUUGCAUAACCAGCUGAUCCUGUUCCACAAUGCCAUAGCUGCAUACUACGCUGGAAACCAACAGCAGCUGGAACAGACACUCAAGCAGUUCCACAUCAAGUUGAAAAUGCCAGGUGGGGACAGUCCAUCUUGGCUGGAAGAGCACUAAUCACUCCUUUCAGAGCCAUAGUGGCACAGUUUGGGGUUUUGACAGGAGAUGUCAAAUUCUACAAAAUACUACAGGAAACCCUCUUCUCACAUCAACUCUUCAGUCACUGCCUUUCGAAAUCUCUGAAUUGUAAAUCUUUUAACGAAAUGCGGUAAAAGGAAGAAAAAAAAAAAAACCCAGAAUCUGUUUUACUCUUGAGCUUAAAGAAUGCUAUUCAUUUUUGCAGUUAUUUCAAAUCAUAGGAAACGCACUUUUAUACUGUUUGACGAAAAUGUUGAACAGGAGUUGCUGCAGUAAACACAUUUGGAAACUGUAAAUGGCCUUUUGUAUUCCAGCAUAUGAAUGUUGUAUCCCAGCACGGUGGACAUGCUGGCUGUGUAAGGGCAGCGUCUGGGAUCAAAACGACUGCCAUUUCACUCACAUUAUUGACAUCACUCUUAUGAGCUGACUGAGAUGAGGAUGAAUGCUUUAUGAAAGUCUAAUCAGGAAGAUUCUUUUUCGACUUAUACUCUUUGAGGAUUUGACUUGACACCUGCUGUGAUGAAUGGGGCAAAAUUGCUUUCAGGUUUCUGAAUCAUGCAAAUGCUAAUUGAUCACUUUUACCAGCAAACUCUAAUUAAAGUAGUGUUUUCGACAUUUUGGGAAAUAUUUUUAAUUGCUUUCUUGAGAGUUUAAUGAAAAGAGCAACACCACUCUCCUAUCUGUCAAUUUGAUUAUAGCUAGCAGCUGUUUAGGUUAGCUUAGCAUAAAGACCAGAAACAAGGGGACACAGCUAGCCUUGCUCUGUCUGACAGUAAAAAGUUCUCCCUGCCAACACCUGUAAAUGUCGCUAAUAUAAAAACCAAAGUGUAAAAAAAAAAAUCAAGUUGAGGUUUUAUGGGGAGGUUGAGUACCUUAGGACAAAGCCAGGCAAGCAAUAUCCCCCUGUUUCUAGUCUUUAUGCUAAGCUAAGCUAAGAGCUGCUGGCUCUAGCCUCAUAUUAAACAGACAGACAUGAGAGUAUGGUGUAUGGUUUGGAUCUUUUCAUAUAACUCUGAGAAAGAAAACAAACAAGUAUUUCCCAAAAUGUCAAACUGGUCCUUUUUAAAACAGAUUUAAAAUUCAUAGUGAUGGCUGUUCACAACAAAUGCCACAUUAUGAUACGAUUAUGUUGACAUCAUGCUUUUUAAUCAAUAUUUACCGUCUGGUUUUUUUUUUUUUUUUAGCAUUUCCCUAUUUUGUCCAAAUCCAUGGCACAUGACUGAAUGAGUGUGUCGAUUCUCUUAAAUUCCAGAGAAGAUGAAGGAGCAGCCUUAUGCGACUAAAUGUGCCUUGAUUUCACAAAUUUGCUCCUGUCUUUCCCCUUCAUGCUAACUGGUCUUAUUAUUGGAAACACUACCAGUUUUCGGGACCAACUCUCAAUGGAAGAGAAAGGACCAAGCACAUGCACGAACACACACAAACACACACUCCAGGGAUAUAGACAGAUAGCCUAUAUCACAUCUAAACACUCUAUACAACACAAAUGAUAGCUGUGUUUGAAAGGAAAAAAAAGCUCCAUCAACUUCAGAAAGUGUAAAUCUAUUUGAAGACAUGCUGUUCUCAAAGGUAUUUAUCCAUAUUGCACAUAUGCACAUUUAUGCAUUUCAGACUAAUUACAAAAAGAACUGUAAGAACUGUAUGAUAUGUAAGGUGUGAACCAAAAUACAAUUAACUUGAGAAACUUUUUGUCUUUUGUAAAUUUAAAAGACCAGCAUUCUUUACCUGAGCUGCUAACAGUUUCCGUCACUGGGCUAUAUAAAAGUAUUUUUUUCAAAGGGGGGCUUCUGUGCUCUGGUAUUUCUAACCAGCUCUCAUGUCCUCACUUUGUUGAUUUGUACUUUUCCUAUGGCUCACUGUAGCAGUUUGAGAGUGUGAAUCUUGUACAACAAUCUAUUGUUUCCCUGAAAUAGGUGGAUAUAUAUUUGUAAUUUUCUCUAUUUUACCACGAGUAUGUAGUUUAUGACCAAUGCAGCCAUUUGGCUUUUGAUUUUUUUUUUUUUUUUUUUUUUUUUUUUUUUUUUCCUGAAGACCUACAGAAUGAUAUGCUAGUACUAGUAUGUACUAGUUGAUCUCUACCUUUUGUAAUAAUGAAACAUUAACAAAUGUUGAGUUAAAAAGGAUCCAGAAAGUUGUGUAACCGCUUUGGGAAAAUAAAAGUUUCUUUUCUUUAA